AUGGGAGUUGGAAAGAAGCCUCCAGUGACGUUGGACGAGAAUGCACUUUCUCUGGUGACCUGCGGCAUCUCGGGUGGUGGUGCGGCAUACCAAGAGGCUGUGAGUUCCCCUGCCCUAAAGUGUCCCGAUAAAGCUUCUUUUGCUAAAUGGACUUUCGCCUUCCGAAACUUGGGCCUUCUGCCGCAGUAUGGAGCGGUUGCAUCUGCACCCAGCUCACCACACGCGGAACAAGCGCCGAUGUCUCCGAUGUCGCCCACGCGAGGUGCGAGAGUCGUGGUGUCCACAGAGCAUACCACAGCUCUGGCGCAAAAGGAUGAAGCCCUGACCGAAACGAGACUCAACAGUCUUUUGGGAGCUGUGGAGGGAAACCUGCAGGGUGAGCAGCGUUUAGAAAAGCGGCUCAUGGUUCGAGCGUGCGCCGUGGUCAUACGGAUACACCUGCCCAAGGAGGAACGCAAGGAGAAUCUGCUACUGCUCUGCUACCUGCGGGCCUACUACGUUGUUGCAGCAUGGGAAGAUGGAAUCCACUGGGUAAAUAGCCAUGGGAGUUGCAUAUACUUGUAUUGUGACACGGCCGUGCUCGGCCUGCGCAUCGCUCUUCGCAUGCAGAGGCUUGUCUUCGAGUUUCCGGAGUGGGCAGAGGAUGGGUACAAGAAAGACUGCCAGGGCUGCAGCACCCUUUGUGCGGUCUCUGUUGGCAUGGAGGUGGGUAGCCUACUCCCGUUGCGUGGGGACUUCUUUGGGGAGGCCGUCGACGCUGCCAUCCAGAUGGAAGAGAUGGCCUCUCCUGGCGAGCUGCUGAUCAGCAGCGCAGCCUGCGCGUCAGGGCUUGAGGACGUCAAGAGUCAUUUCUGUGGCGCUUCCACGGUGUCGGGUUCGCAUGAAACUGAGUUUGUGUUUUGGGAGGGAGUGCGGCUCGUAGGGUCGGGUUCCGGCGUUACGGAUUUGUCACGGCUCGAUGUCUGCGUAGCCUCUGUGUAA